AUGAACUCAUCUGUGGAGGAACCCGCUGGUGCCCAGAAAUACAUGGAAGCCGCUCAGCAGCGCGAGUCGUCAGGCAAACUCACGGCCUUCCCCGCGCUAGAGCGGCUGUCACCGGGAGGACGUUCUUCAUGUGCAAGGAGAAGGCGCAUCUACCGCUCUCCUACCCUGAGAGGCUGCAAACCACACAAAAUAAGCAAGAAAUCCCAGGGAUCAGUAUCAUUUAAGGAUGUGACUGUAGGCUUCACCCAGGUGGAAUGGCAGCACCUAGACCCAAGCCAGAAAUCCCUGUACAGAGAUGUGAUGUUGGAGAACUACAGCCACCUGGUCUCUGUGGGGUAUUGUGUGACAAGGCCAGAGUUGAUCUUCAGACUGGAGCAAGGAGAAGAGCCAUGGGUAUUGGAAGAAGAAUUCCCAAGGCCAGGCUUCCUAGAAUUUUGGAAAACUGAUUAUCAAAAGGAGAAGAGCAAAGAAAACCGACCUAAACACUUGUGGGGGAGUUGUAUUCAUCAAUAA